GUUAUAUUUGAAUUGGAAGUUUUUAAAUCGAUUUUUUUAGGUUUUUGAAAACGGCAACACUGAUUUUGACAUCAUUCGUCAUUUACCCUCUCAAAGUACAACAAUUUGAAAAGUAAUUUACUAAUUCAUGGUAAAAAAAAAAUGACUCAAGGUGUGGUUCAAUUUGUGAUGAAAGUAAGAAUUACUGACCGUUCUGUAUUAUGAUUAUUUUAUAUUUAUUUUUUCAAAAACAAAAUUCAAUGUAAUUUUGAAUAAAGUUAAGUGGUGAUUUUUAUUAUUUUGUCACUACUUGGUAUUAUCUAUACUCCGAUUGUAACUGUAAUUUUAGGUAAUUAUUUACGGAUGGUAAAGUUUUACUAUUUUGUUCAAGUAAAAAUUACACAGUUGUAAAGGUAUUUUUAUUAUUUUGUUCAAGUACGUAUAAAUUACUUACCCAAUUGCAAAGGUAAUUUUUACUUUUAUUUCCGAGUAAAUUUUUUUAAAAAACGGAACAUUCAAAUAGCAAAAAAAUGCCCACAAGUUUGAACUCGUCACCUUAGAUUUGUUAAUUUAAUUAAUAUUAUUUUUUUAGCGUAUUUUUUUUAAUACAUUUUCCGAAAUAGGUAACUGAAGUUACUGAAUUUUGUUAUUCGUGUAAAUUGUUGAUUUGUUUCUUAAAUUUUUUGCAUCAUUUGAAAAAUUGUUCACUUUAAUGUUUAUCAUCUAGGUACCUACUACCUAGGUAUGUACUUUUCCAUAUUUUUUCCAAGUUCUUUCAUACAUAAUAAAUUUAUUUUCGUUGUAUCAUAAAAACUUCAAAAGGAAGAAUCAACAAAUUACACAGCUGCGAUGUUAAUUUCUUACUCCCAAUAAAUAUCGUUACUUCACGUCAUUGCCUCGAGACAUAUCAGUGAUAAUUUCUCAUUGCACGGACAUGUUUUCGUACUACUCAAUAUUUUUCGAUGCAUUCGCGCGAUAUACUUAUACGAUGAAAUGUCUGGAAAAUUAAUCAUUAACGUUAACGAAGGAAAGGUUCGAGGAAUAAAAGAAUCGUCCACGUUUUCGAAAAAAGAAUAUUAUUCUUUUUAUGGCAUACCUUACGCAGAACCAACCAGCGGUAAUUCACGAUUCAAGGAUCCGAUCAAAGUCAAACCUUGGAAAAAUAUUCACGAUGCAACGAAAGAGAAACCAGGUUGCAUACAAUUUUCACCAUUAACUUUUGAAUUCUGCGGUACAGAGGAUUGCCUAUUCAAUAAUAUUCAUAUACCACAAGCGCCUCAAAAAGAUGAACCGUUGAAAUCUGUUAUUAUCAACAUCCAUCCAGGAGCAUUUCAUCAUGGGUCGCCUCACCCUCGUCACUUUGGAUCCCCUGACUUCGUGAUGCACCAUGAUAUCGUAUACGUGGGGAUUGCUUACCGAUUACAUGUCUUGGGAUUCUUGAAUUUAGGAUUAGAGGAUUGUUCGGGAAAUGAAGCUUUAAAAGAUAUAAUCAUGUCGCUUCAGUGGAUUAGAAAUAAUAUAGCAUCAUUUGGAGGCGAUCCUGAAAAUAUUACUCUGCUUGGAAACAGUAGUGGAGCAACUUUAAUUCACGCAUUGAUGUUAUCUCCCGCAUCAAAAGGAUUAUUCCAUAAAGCAGUUCUGAUGAGUGGCUAUUUGAUGAAUCCAAUCGCACCAUUUCAAGUGACCAAUAAACUUCACGCUGUCGAAUUAGUAAAAUUACUCGGUUAUAAAAAAGAUUUCACCAACUACGAAAAAAUAUUGAAAUUUUUGAAAACUCAACGAUCCAUGCCACUCUACCAAGGUCAAGCAUUUUAUCAAAAUGAACUGAAAAAGACUGAAAAUAUUGCUCCAAUCACAACAAUAGGAACAUUCGCUAUUACCAAUGAUCCAAUCAUCUUGCCCCAUCCACCAGUAAAAUUAAUCGAGUCGAUGAUGCGAAUACCAAUCGUCAUAGGGUUCAGUGAACGCGAAUCUAUUUUUGGUUUCAUUCGAGGACCUGAAUUCAUACAAAAAACCGAAGAAAAUUUCGCAACUACUUUUUGCCAAAAUCCGUGGGGCUGGGGGUACAAUUUGACCGAAGAAGAAAUCGAGCUGAUCCAAAAAAAAGUUGAAAGUUAUUAUAACGAUGGACAACCAAUUGCUCAAGCUUCCUUGAGUGUGAAAGUGGAUAUUCACACUGAUAUCAUAAUGUCUGAUGUUUAUGACACUGUAAUCAAUCCUUUGGCCGCGGAGUUACCUUCGUCAGUAUUCGUGUACAAGUUUGAAUUCGAAGGAAACAUAAUGUCGUUAAAAGGAUUAGAUUUAUUGGAAAAACUAAAAGGGACUUAUCAUGGAACUGAGUUUUGUUAUUGUCAUCGCUUUAGUGAUCCGGGUGACUUGGAAACUCAUCAAAUGGUACAUGAGUUUACAAAACUUAUCGCAACUUUUGCAAAAACAGGAGAUCCGAAUCAUGAAGAUUUAGAAACUCAAUGGAGAUCAUCGACUCCAGAAAAUCCGUGUUAUUUCAGAAUAAACUCUCGUAUGGAUCUCGUAGAGGGUAAAUUGAAUAAUAAUAGACUGGAAUUUUGGCAAGGCAUAAAGAAACAAUUCAAAAGAGAUAUCAGUUCAAGGAUCCGUUCAUAAUUGUCAAAUUUUUACAUCGUACUUUGAAGCAAUAAAUACGUAUAAGUCUA